AUGUGCUUUCACAGCAAAAUAGAGCUGUGCUGCUGAAGUGCCUUCAUUCCAAACAACAAAGUGUGCUGGGAAAGUAGCACAUGAGGCGCCUUUCUCGUUAGAAUAGUUUUCGUAUUUGUUCGAAAACUCGUGACUUUUAAUUUUUGCCGCUAAAUCUAUAUUUUUCGAACGUGAAGAUAUAGUUUGCGAUUUUUUUUUUCGUGUGAUCGCAAAAACUCUGUGGAUAGAUUUAGUUCUGUAGAGAGUUCGUUGAUUCGAAGGAAUAUUUUUAUUCGGAAUAAAUACUGUUGGGUGUACUAUAGUGAUUCUCAAUUCAAAAUGACUAGGAUUAUUCUUCUGAAGUUUUGGCUGAUUUUCGCUUGGAGUGGCAUUGCUAUUUGUAGUACAGAUGAUUCAAUAACAACUGACAUUCCAGAAAUUAGUUCCUCCACUCUAAAAGAAAACCCACUGACAGAGCCCACCGUGCCGAGUGGCUUAGAAUCGUCCACUACAACUCAUAAAGAUAUCGAACAGAACAAAGGGAAUAUAGACAAGGUUUUUAGUGAGAAUGCCAGCAGUUCACAACCUAUGGCGCCAUCUAGUUUUGCCACUGAAAAAGAAAUAAAAGAUACUUCUAAUGCACCAAGUACAGGAAGUGAUACAUCUACUGCAACAGCUCAUGAAACAAAGUUUAGUUCUAGUUUAAGAACCAGCCCUUCUGAUAUCGAUUACGGAGGCUACUUUGUCACAAAUACGAAUGAUUCUAAACCUGAAAUUGCCACAAGCGAGUUGCAAAAAGCAGGGCUGCAAAAAUCUUUGGAUGAAGAGUACAUUCCUUUGAAAUCAAAUGAAAUUGAAGUUGCAGAAGGAAAUUCUCAGUCUGAAAAUCUACACACCGCAUCCGUAAACGUGAUUGAUUUUGGUUCAGAUACUAAUCUAAAUGAAUCAAUUGCUGAGGCUAGUUUAGCAACAGUAGAUUUUGCCGAUGUUGAAAAAAGCGCAUCUGUAAGCAAUGAGCAAAGAGUAAGUGCCUCGCCAAAGAGCGCAACUAUUAAAAGAAGCUUAAAUUCAACGGCGGAUGCUGUGCGCGGUUUCGCAAGUUCCGCUACUUUUACACCAGUCAGUUCUGAUACUACAGCAUCUUUUUUUUCACCUAGCUCAAAAGUAGAUGGUUUUGAUACAACAAUAAAAAUAGAAGAGUUGCCAACGCCAUUGCCGAUAGAGAUCUACAACAGUCAAGGUGUCACUCACUUGACAUCUGUGAAAUCUGCUGAAACAACUUUUGGCGACCUGUCUGAAGCUAGUGAGCGAGUAGAUAGUUUGGAAAAUGCGCCAAGCUUGACUGUUUCACCGAAUAGUUCUAAUGGUAUUCCUAUGAAGACAUUGUCUACUUCUGAAUAUACUGAUGAUAAAUUAGAGACAAAUGUGAGCUUGAAUGACAAUGACGACAGAACUGAGAGCAAUGUCCUGGGUGACUUACUUUUUGGAAACGGGGCUAAGACUCCAAAGCUCCAAACACAACCCAACGGUGUUUUUGAGCACGAGAACGAUGAUAUAAUUUAUGCUGGGUUUGCUGAUGAGGAACCUGCUGGAGUGACUUUCGACCCAGAUGGUUUAAAAAAUGAUUUUUCUCAAGAUCCGGAUUCCAUCAUAUUUUCUGUUCCACCACAAAUUAAAAAGCAAUCGCCUACUGAAGCGAAUAUUGCUACCGAAAGAGAGAAAGAACCAACAAAAUCAUUCAACUCAGAACAUCUACCACAUGACGCACCAGAAACAGAAUUCGAACAUUUGACGAUCGUAAAUGCGUCAAACGAUGAGCCUAAAGAAACCAAUCACAGUGAUGUACUAGUUCCUCCUGCUGUGAUUUUCGGUAGACCAAUACACUAUAGCUCAGAAGAAAUGUUACAAGAUGAUAACAGUGUUUACAAUGGCUCAUUUGUAGAUGUUUAUAAGGCUACAGCUCAACCCGAAUUAGAGUCCAAAACUGCACCAAAAGAAAUUUUAUCCCAUUUGGUGAAUUCAACUGAAUCUAAACCAGGAACCACGCUAUCUUCCCAUUCAAAUGAACUUAGAGAAAUGAAUGAGGACAUUGCCCACAAUACCGAACAGUCUGUACUCCGUCCAAUCAAAAUCAAAAGCCCAUCAGAAGAACCGACUUCAACACAAGUUACCACACUAACAUCUUCUACUCAUCCAACCGAAUUUACUAUCGGUAAUAAUCCGUUGAACACUACCGAUAGCAAAGAGAGUCAGAGUGCUACUACAAACUUAUCAAGCCCAAUAAUCCUGCCUAAUCCUGCCCCAAGCACAACCGAAAAAUUGGUUGGAAAUCUUGAAAUCUCAACUGCGGUUGUACAACCAGAGCUUGUUGACUCUUUAUUUAAUAAAAGUUUGCAUCCACUGGACAAUAAUGAAAAUGGAACACUGUCUUCUGAUAAUAAUUCGACUAUUGCAGGUCUUGCAAUUAAGACUUCAGUUUCAGUUACCUUACCAAUUUCAAUCAAGCAAAAUUCGAGCCUAGAUGCGAGUAAUAGCGAUGCAGAUUUUAAUCUGAAAACUGGAGAUUCCUCUGCUACUUCACUUUUUAAUGAGAGUAGAUCUUCAUCAGAAUCGACCUCUGUUCCCACAACCCUGGUUCCAAGUACAUCCACAACUUCAGUUAAAAUCAGGAGACCGAGCAUUAGAGUACCUGGAAGAACAGAUGGACCUGCUCUGAGAACUCGCAAACCUUUUAUGGCACCCAAACCUCAAUCUUCGAGCACCGCGGGACCUCCCGUUUCAAUAUUUAAGAAGGAAAGAACGCGCUCCAAUUCCAUAACCUCCUCUACAACAUCCACACCAUUCCCACAAUUUUCUACUAUAAGGGUCCAUUAUGCUAGUAGAUAUCCAGGAAUGAAACCUGAAGAAUUUUCAGUGUCUGUUGAGCCCAUAACUGUACCACCGACUACCACAACAGAAGAGCCCAUAUCCGAAGUGCCCUUCACAGACACAACAUUUGUACCAACCUUGUCCAGAGAGGAUGACGUCAUGCUAGUCAAAGUAGGCGGUGGCAUCACGCUGGAAAGAGGACUCAGGUGGAGUGACCAGCUCAGCAACAGGCACUCACCCGAAUUCAAAGAAAAAGCCACUCAAAUACACCUUCACCUGGAGAAUCUGUUUAGGUCAUCGCCAAUAGCUCCUCGCCUUUGGCGCAUUCAGAUCGAUGGAUUUAAUGGAACGAAGAAUUCCCGCUCUGUCGAAGUAGAUUUCAUUCUUUAUCUUAUAAAAUCUCCCGAAAAGAUCGCCGUCGAACAUCUGGCAAGAGUAUUCCAUGAAAAGUUGAGCACUAACAAUACAUUCGCUAGAUACAGGGUGGAUCCUAACAGAACAGCAUUCGAAAUGCUACAAGAAGAGCCAUUGCGACAACCAACACCUUCUCCAGAAGACCAGUAUGAGCCUCCAGUACCCCAAUGGGCAAUUGCUGUCAUCGUCAUUUGCGCAGCUUCCCUCAUCUUUAUCGUUCUAUUCGCAGCGGUCACGAUGUAUGGUCGUCACCAUAUGCGUCGAAGGUAUGGCAACAAAUUGAAUGAGGAAGAUCUGGACAGAUCUUCGGGAGAGUGGGAAAGUAAAAUGACAGCAGCCUACGAAAAUAUGGCGGCUGACACUAUAUAUGAGGCAGAAGACCUCAGAGGCGACACCUACAAAAAACAAAACCGUAUCGCAACAUUUCAUGGAAUACCUUCAACACUGAAGCGUUGCGACAGUUGGUCAAGCGGCGGCUGGUCCACCCCACCGAGGCGAAAAAAGCCUCCCCACGUCCACUGAAUAUAGUUAUUUUUCACCUGCAUUCUCAAACAUUCCAACAAUAACAAAAAAGAAACUGUUUUAAAACUUCAGUGAUUGUACUGCAGCACGGGUUAUUUAAGUAGGCUGUAUUAUAAUGCUUUAUUCAGAGGGCAGUUCAGCAAUAUUACUUUUCCAACGUAUUUUGUGAUUAAUUAUAAAUUGCAAUCUAUUGCAAGUAAAUAACUUUAGAGUGUAUCAUGUUUAAAAAAAAUAAGCAAAAAUAACUUUUUGAAAAGUUUCUGCUCUUCAUAUUGUUUAAAAAAAGUUU